AACCUCUUCCUGCAGGCUUUUCCAUUUCCCCGCCUAGUUCUAAGGGAUUUUCUGUAGUCUUGUGGACAAGCAUUUGGAAAUGUGAACGUGUGGAAUUAGGCAGUUUAGGCGACCCGCCAUUGGGGGCCUGGUGACUGUGAGUGUGCUUGCAAUGGGCGCAGACGCAGGGGCAGUGGGGAAGAGAUCCGUGAAGAAGCCUCCGACAUUGUCAGGACCCAGGAUUUACCUUUUUGGUUGUGGCAGCAUCUUUCUAACUCUUGACAAGCAUGGAUUUCAACAACCUUCUCUAUAAUAUUGGGGAUCGACUUGACAGUGAUGAGCUGACCUCCCUCAAGUUCCUGAGCCUGGAGCACAUCCCACAAAGGAAGCAGGAACCCAUUAAUGAUGCCUUGAUGUUCUUCUGGAGACUCCAAGAAAAGAGGUUGUUGGAGGAGAACAACCUGUCCUUCCUGAAGGAGCUGCUUUUCCGAAUUCAAAGACUAGAUCUGCUGACCAAUUUCCUGGGGGUCAGCAGGGAGGAGAUGGAGAGGGAGCUUCUGAUACCAGGCAGGGCCCAGAUUUCUGCCUACAGGGUCAUGCUUUUUCAGAUUUCAGAAGAUGUAAGCAAAUUGGAAUUGAAGUCUUUUAAGUUUCUUUUGAGCCAGGAGAUUCCCAAAUGUAAACUGGAUGAUGACAUGAACUUGCUUGAUAUUUUCGUAGAGAUGGAGAAGAGGGUCAUCCUGGGGGAAAGAAACUUGGACACCCUGAAAAGAAUCUGUGACCAAAUCAACAAGAGCCUGCUGAUAAAAAUCAGUGAUUAUGAAGACUUAAUCAGAGGCAGAGAUAACCUGUCAGGGGAGAUCUUAUGUGAAGAGCUGACAAUGUUGGACUCUCCAAGAGACCAGGGAAGUGAGUCACAGGUAACAGACAAAUUUUACCGAAUGGAAAGCAAACCUCGAGGAUACUGCUUGAUCUUCAACAAUUAUGAUUUUACAAUGGCACGGAGGGAUGUCCCCAAAAUUCACAACAUUAGGGAUAGGAAUGGAACAGAAUUGGAUGCAGUGGCUUUGGACAAGACCUUCAAUGCACUUCAUUUUGAGAUAGUACAUUUCAAAGACUCCACAGCAAAGGAAAUAUGUGAUGUUCUGAAAUUAUACCAAAACAUGGACCACAAUGACAAGGACUGCUUCAUCUGCUGCAUCCUCUCCCAUGGAGACAAGGGCAUCAUCUAUGGCACCGAUGGGCAGGAAGUCCCCAUCUAUGAACUGACCUCUUACUUCACUGGUUCGAAGUGCCCUUCACUUGCAGGGAAACCCAAAGUCUUUUUUAUUCAGGCCUGUCAAGGGGAUAACUACCAAAAAGGUAUAGCUGUGGAGACCGACUCAGAGCAGCAGGAAGCCCACUUAAAAAUGGACUCACCCAUUCAGAAGAGAUAUAUCCCAGAUGAGGCUGACUUUCUGCUGGGGAUGGCCACUGUGAAUAACUGUGUUUCCUACCGAAGCCCCACAGAGGGGACCUGGUACAUCCAGUCACUUUGCCAGAGCCUGAGGGAAAGAUGUCCUCGAGGCGAUGAUAUUCUCACCAUCCUGACAGAAGUGAACUUUGAAGUGAGCAGUAAGGAUGACAGGAAAAACAUGGGCAAACAGAUGCCACAACCUUCUUUCACGCUGAGAAAAAAACUCAUAUUCCCUCUUAAUUGAUGAUAUUUUUUAGCUGCAUAACACUAUGCUGUUUAUUUUUUAUUAAGCUUCAUUUUGCAGAACACUAUGCUUAAUUUAUUUAUUACUAAGCUACUUUUAUUUUGCACUUUUUUUUUUUCUUUUAAUGGCAGUGAGGAAGAGAAGGACAUUCUUCUAAUUCUUGUGUGGUGCAAGCAGACAUCUCUGACUUUGUAAUAACAGAAGUCAGUACUAGACACCGAUAGUCAUAGCCAUAGUUUAGAUUUUAUUUUUAAUUGGGUGAAAAAAAUUUAAUUUAGAUAGUAGAUACAAAAAGUAUAGCUUAAAAGAAAAGUAAGAACAUAUAAAGGUUCAAAUAUUUCUUCACACAUUUAUCUGCUUUCAAUCCAGAACCAUUUAAAUUCAUUCCCUUCAAAUUGUUAAGAACAUGGUGUUAAUAGCAGCAUGGAAACAUAAGACACAAGAAGAGGAGGAAGUGGUGAAAGCAAUUUCCCACUAUAAAUAAAGUAACAUUGUUAAACUACUGGGAGACACUAAGUGUUAACCAUAAUCUCCCUCCCCGGUGAGAGGGUUGAUAACCUCACCCCUGGUUUUUGUGACAAGUUUGGCUGACUGAGUGUACAUUCUGUCAGUCAGAACCCGGGGUACAGUUGGUAUCUAGGAGAAUGGCAGCAGUACCCUCCCAAAAUCCUGUGGGUAGAUUUUUAUCUGACUCAAUUGAAAACAUACAGCAACAACAAUGAAACCCUCCCAUGGUGAGGUCCAGUGCUUGGUUCUCCCAUGUCCAUGAUGCGCCCACAUCCAUCCUGACCUCUGCAGGUAAGUGGGACAAGCAAUGGCAGAAACAAGUGAGCCUCCCAGGGUUAAGUUUCACAAAACCUAGGGAUGUUUUUCCUUGUUUUUAUUACUAACAAAGGAUUUAUUAACCCUACUUCUGAAAUAGCAGAAGUGUUGAUUUUUUUUUUUUUGUAUGUCCAGUCUCUCUCCUCCCAAGCCAUCAUCCACACUACCUUAUAGAAUUGGUUUUUUAAAAUAUAAAAUUUUAAAUGUUGAUUCUUAGCUUGCAAGCUUUUAAAAAACAAAUUCUUUUUAGAGUUUCUUUAUAAUCUGUCCCCAGACUCCCUUUUCAGCCUUUUCUUUUGCUUUUUGAAUGUAAACAUGCUUCUUUGCCAGCCAGUGUGGCUUGCUAUUUGCUAACAGUUUUCACACAUUUGCAUUUGCGCUUUGUGUUCAGUUUGCUUUAAAUAUUUAGGAAUUAACUUUACUUUAAAAACUAUGGCUUUUUUUUUUUAAUAGAAUAAAAUAUGAUUUUA